CCCUUUCCAGGUUUGCAGUGAGCAGCCAAUGUCCAGUCUCCACUCCACGGCAUGCGACAAUCCUCCACCACCACCCUAUCCUGCAGCUCCCGUCCAGAACGCUAGCGUACAACCCACUGUGACGUGGUAGCGCCACUCAUUUUCAGAGCAAUGGCGCCAUUCGCUUGCUACAUCCUCCUCUCCCUCCUUCUCUUGUUCACGGCAUGCCAUGCCAGAGACACCGUCACGCCGGGCCACCCCCUCGCCGCGAACGAGACGCUGCUCUCGGAGCCCGACGGCAAGUUCGUGCUCGGCUUCUUCACCCCGCCGGGCGCCAACAACACCUACCUUGGAGUCUGGUACAGCGAGGUCUCCGUCCGCACGGUCGUCUGGGUGGCCAACCGCGAGCACCCAAUUCCGGGCGACGCCGCGGCCAACCCGGGCUCCACGCUGUCCGUGUCCGCCACCGGCACGCUCGCCAUUGCGUCGAACAACUCCACCGUCGUGUGGUCGGUCAAGCCGGCAUCCGCGCUGGCGAGCCCGGCGGCGCGGAUCCUGGACAACGGCAACCUCGUGCUCGCGGACGCGGGCGGCGCCGUGGCGUGGCAGGGGUUCGACUACCCGACCGACACGCUGCUCUCGGACAUGAAGCUCGGGAUCGACUUCGUGACGGGGCGGAACAGGACGCUGACGGCCUGGAAGAGCCCGUCGGACCCCUCGCCGGGCCCCGUCGUCAUGGGCAUGGUCGCGUCCGCCGACCCCGAGAUCUUCAUCUGGAACGGCGCCGACACCGUCUACCGCUCCGGGCCCUGGGACGGCGUCCAGUUCGGGGGCGUGCCGGACCUCGUCACCUACAACGACUUCACCUACAGCUUCAUCAACAACGCCCAGGAAGUCACGUACAGCUUCCAUGUGCACAACGAGUCGGUCAUAUCGAGGCUGGGCUUGACCGGCACGGGGAGCAACGGCCUGAUCCAGCGGUCGACGUGGGUGCCGGCGGCCGAGACGUGGGAGCUGUACUGGUACGCGCCCAAGGACCAGUGCGACGCCGUGUCGCCGUGCGGGCCCAACGGCGUGUGCGACCCCAACAGCCUCCCCGCAUGCUCCUGCCUGCGCGGCUUCGUCCCCAAGUCGCCGGCGGCGUGGGCGCUGCGGGACGGCCGGGACGGGUGCGUGCGCUCGACGCCGCUCGGCUGCAGCAGGAACGGCAGCGCCACCGCCGACGGGUUCGUCACGGUGAGGCACACCAAGGUGCCCGAUACGACUCGGACCGUCCUGGACAUGGGCCUCAGCCUGGAGCAGUGCCGGCAGGCGUGCCUGACGAACUGCUCCUGCACGGCGUACGCCAGCGGCAAUGUCAGCGAGGACCGUCGCGAAAAUGGCUGGGGCUGCGUCAUGUGGAGCUCCGAGCUCACCGACCUGCGCGUGUACGCUGACUUCGGACAGGACCUCUUCGUCCGCCUCGCCGCCGCCGAUCUCGGUUCGACAAGCAAAUCCAAGAAGCCACGAACAGUGAUCGCAGCUGUCGCCAGCAUCUCCGCACUGGCAUUUCUUUUGGCACUUGCUGGGUUUUUCUUCUGGUCAAGAAAGAAGAAGCUAACAAGAACAACAGGAUCGAGUAAAUGGAGCGGCGGUUCACGAAGCACCAACCCCCGCCGUUACGAGGGAAGCAGUCACGAUGAUGACUUGGAACUGCCAAUAUUUGAUAUGGGGACAAUUGCGGCUGCCACUGAUGGUUUCUCUAUCGAUAAUAAGCUCGGCGAGGGUGGCUUUGGACCAGUAUAUAAGGGUAAGCUUGAGGAUGGACAAGAAAUAGCUGUAAAAACGCUUUCAAAAACAUCCAUGCAGGGUCUCGAUGAGUUCAAGAAUGAGGUUAUGUUAAUAGCUAAACUCCAGCAUCGGAACCUUGUCCGGCUUCUUGGCUACAGCAUUAGUGGACAAGAAAGGAUACUUGUAUAUGAAUAUAUGGAAAAUAAGAGCUUGGACUACUUCCUAUUUGAAAAAUCCAACAGCAUCCUACUUGAUUGGAAAGUGCGAUACAGUAUCAUAGAAGGCAUUGCUCGAGGAUUGCUGUAUCUCCACCAGGACUCAAGAUACAGAAUCAUACAUAGAGAUAUGAAGGCAAGUAAUGUUCUUCUAGACAAGGAGAUGACUCCCAAAAUUUCUGACUUCGGUAUGGCAAGAAUUUUUGGCAGUGAUGAGACAGAAAUCAAUACACUAAAAGUGGUUGGCACAUAUGGCUACAUGUCUCCCGAGUAUGCGAUGGAUGGAGUCUUCUCAGUAAAAUCAGAUGUCUUUAGCUUUGGAGUAUUACUGCUGGAAAUAAUUAGUGGUAGGAAAAACAGAGGGGUGUAUUCCUACUCAAAUCACCUAAAUCUUCUAGGACAUGCAUGGAGCCUAUGGAACGAAGGGAAAGGCAUAGAAUUAGCAGAUGAAACCAUGAAUGGCUCGUUCAACUCAGAUGAAGUACUCAAAUGCACCAAAGUCGGACUCCUGUGUGUGCAAGAGAAUCCAGAUGACCGUCCAUUGAUGUCUCAAGUGCUUAUGAUGUUAGCUACUACAGAUACUGCCACAUUGCCAACUCCUAAGCAGCCUGGCUUUGCCGCUAGAAGAAUUCUAACGGAAACAGAUACAUCAUCAAGUAAACCAGGCAGCAUAUUCAACAGCGCAACAGUUACUAUAAUUGAAGGUCGAUAGAAGGCUAAGUUGCAUACUGAAAUUACUUGUGGGGUGUGUAUUGUCAGUUUGUGGAUCUGAGCGAAAGAAAGUACAUAAUUUUGAAUAAUACCGCAAACAAGAAUGAAGAUUGCUUCUUCUCAGUA